ACUGUUACCAGUUGGCGCCAAACACCUUGCAGCUGCCAGCUGAUUUUAUUUCGCGUUCCCACCGGUGAAGAAACCUAAAUUGGCACACAGCAAAGCUGACCUAAACAAAUAAGUAAGCGCAACCAGCAAUCCCAGUACUCCACAAAAACUAAGUGCAGUCAGUAGAAACCCAGCGAUGGAUCCCACAAUUUCCGUGUCUAAGGGUUGUUUUGUUUAUAAAAACGGUGCUACACGAGCCGGCAAAAAGGCGUCUAGCAAAAGGAAGCGUCCUGCUCUGGGAUCAAGUAGCCUAUUGGGAAAGGAAGUGGUCCAGCAACCGUUCUACGUGGAAUAUCGCAAUGCCUGGAACCAGGUGAACACUCACAUUACCGACCUACAACAGCGAAGUUAUGCCCGCACUCUGGAACAGCUGGUAGACUUUGUAGUGGCCCAGGGACAGCGGACGACACAGGAUGAGGUCCUGCCCACCGCCGCUCUGCUGACGGGCAUCAAUCAGCCGGAUCACCUCAGCCAGUUUACAACAUUUACCCAACGGCUACACGUUCUGCGGGCUGCAAAAGUCUGCGUGCUUCAGUCGCGAGAUUGUGCCUCUCUCAAAGCCGCAGUGGAGUCCUUGGUCUUCGGUUUGGUCGAAGGUGAUGCCGAGGCAGAGGACAUUGAGGACGAGGAGGAGGAUGUGGCCGACCGCGAUCGCAAGCGACUGCGUCGCUCGCAGUGCACCAUGAAGCAGCUUAAGUCCUGGUACGCCAACAACUUUGACUCAGAGCAAAAGCGGCGCCAGUUGGUCGUCAUCCUGCCGGACUUUGAGUGCUUCAGCGCCAACGUGCUGCAGGAUCUUAUCCUAAUCCUUAGCGCGCACUGCUGUUCACUGCCAUUCGUUUUGGUUCUCGGUGUCGCCACGGCCAUGACUGCAGUGCAUGGUACUCUGCCCUACCACGUCAGCAGCAAGAUUCGUUUGAGGGUUUUCCAAACGCAAGCCGCCCCGAUGGGUCUAAACGAGGUGCUGGACAAAGUUCUGCUGUCGCCCAAGUACGCAUUCCACCUUUCGGGAAAGACCUUCAAGUUCCUGACCCACAUUUUCCUGUAUUACGAUUUCUCCAUCCACGGAUUUAUUCAGGGCUUCAAGUACUGCCUGAUGGAGCAUUUCUUCGCUGGAAAUGCGUUUGCACUUUGUGCGGACUACAGCAAAGCUUUGGGACGCAUUAAGCAGUUGACACACGAUGACAUGGAAACCAUUCGAAGACUGCCCUCUUUUAGGCCGUACGUUGAGCAGAUCAACGACUGCAAACGGAUUAUAGCUGUGCUUACCGACGACGAAUAUCUUAAGAAAAAGCUGCCGCAGUUGUUGCGCGACUGCCUUCUCCACUUCCUGCUCUUUCGCAGCUCCCUGGAGUUUCUCACGGAACUGGUUGGGGAUCUGCCACGAUGUCCACUAGGAAAACUACGUCGUGAGUUGUAUGUGAACUGUCUAAACAAGUCGCUCAUCACGAUGCCGGAGUACAAGGAGUGCCAUCAGAUGCUUAGUUUUCUCUCCAAGGAUGAGUUCGUUUCUAAGGUUAACCGCUGUCUCGAGAGAACGGAGCAAUUCCUGGUCAACGAGAUUGCUCCCCUGGAACUUGGCGAAGCCUGCACAGCUGUGCUUAGGCCUCAGUUGGAAGCUAUUCGCCGAUCAGUAAACGAUGUGAUCACAGCUACCAUGACGGCCGUGACAACAACAUCGCCCAACGAAGGCCGACAGGCAGUGGAUAAUCUUAGUCAGGUGGCUUCGCGUCAGGAGCUCAAGGAGCAGCUAUUGCAGCGCAGCAAAGAGGACAAGAACCGACAACAACUAAAUACUCCCACCACGCAGUUUGCACGAGCUUUGCAGAAAACUCUUCAGUUGAUCGAGACGCACAUUGUCCAGGAGCAUCUCCGCCCGUUGCAGGACGCACCGCCAAUCCACGAGCUGUUCGUUUUCAGCGACAUUGGGACAGUGCGCCGAAACAUAAUAGGAGCUCCCCGAGCUGCUCUACAUACAGCUUUGAACAACCCGCACUUUUACUUGCAGUGCAAGUGCUGCGAACUCCAAGAUCAGACACAACUCGUAAACACCCUGCCCGAUCUCUCCGUGGUGUACAAGCUGCAUCUGGAGUGCGGCCGCAUGAUAAACCUCUUCGAUUGGCUGCAGGCCUUCCGAUCUGUGGUGAGUGGCUGCGACAACGAGGAAACAAACCAGGAGCAAAUCGAUCCUCAGAUUCAAGCCCGCUUCACUCGCGCCGUAGCCGAGUUGCAGUUUCUGGGUUACAUCAAGAUGUCCAAGCGCAAAACAGAUCAUGCCACCCGAUUAACCUGGUAGUUCGGAAGUUAAAGAACCAAAAUCUUUUAGCGUAUAUUAUUUUCUAUUUAUUUAUACCGGCAAAAUUUAAAGUGUGGGACGUAAUAAAUAAACAAAAAAUCAUUGAUUGAUCGAUCUAA